AUGCAGCUGCGCAACCGCAUGGCUAUGACCUGUUCGUCCUGCCGACUGGUCAACGGCCAAGCACCACCGGGCACCAAGAAACCAGAGGAACUCGGUCGCUGGCGUUAUGGAGCUGCGGAGCAUAGAAUGCGAGACCACUCAGAUGCUAUCAAGCUUGCGUCAUGGGUCCGUCGCAGAGGGAUCUUGGGAACGGGGCCCAGUGUUGAAGCGGAACCACAACAGCAGGAGGUUGAGAAUGCUGGAGAUUUGACUCCGCCGACCGAGGAAGAGCAGAGCAUUGACUCGGAGAGUUCGGUUAGGGUGGAGGUGACAGAGAAACAGGAAGAGCCCUAG